GUUUUGUAGUUUUGUAGUUUCGCAGUUAAUUCAUAGUAUCAUCGGACAUAGCAUCAAUGUACCUAAGUCGACCCUUGCCAUCAGCUCCGCCGACCUGAGAUGCCCAGAAAACAAAACCUCCAUGCAUGUGGUUUCAGCAUGUACCUAACCUAGGUCCAAUGUUGCUUGCUAUACGGCGGAAGAGCCAAAUGGGUUACAAGCUCGCCUGCCGGGAAUGAGAUGACAAAUAACCAAUUAAAGAAGGAACAUUGCUUCGGCUUUCAAACGUGAUUGGCUCCUGCAGGCGCGGGAUUAUGUGAAUGCUUUUUUGUUCUUGGUGGGAUAGCAAGAAUGCAAUACAUAGUAAAAGGUAGGCACGAUGGAGAUGGUGGGGGUAGCGCCAAACAGCAAUAAAGCUAAAGUGGAUUCCUCCCUCUACAUCACGUCCUUCUGCCCCGCCUUCUUGCGUAUCAACUCAACUUUCCCGAUUUCAUCAUCCCGGAAGCUCUACAUACAUAAAAGCACCAGGGGUGUCUUAGUCCUUGAACCAAUUACCCCACCUCAACAACUUAUAAAUCGCGACCAUGGUUAAAGCUGUUGUUGCCGGCGCUUCUGGCGGUAUUGGCCAGCCCCUGUCCCUCCUUCUCAAGCUCUCUCCCCUCGUUGACGAGCUUGCCCUCUACGAUGUCGUGAACACCCCCGGCGUCGCUACCGACCUCUCCCACAUUUCCUCGACUGCUAAAGUCACGGGCUACCUGCCCAAGGACGACGGCGGAAAGCUUGCAUUCAAGGAUGCGGACAUCAUCGUCAUCCCCGCCGGCAUUCCCCGCAAGCCCGGCAUGACCCGUGACGACCUCUUCAACAUCAACGCUGGAAUCGUCAAGGGCCUGAUCGAGAUUGCUGCUGAGGUCGCCCCCAAGGCCUACAUCCUAGUCAUCUCUAACCCCGUCAACUCCACCGUCCCCAUCGCCGCUGAAGUUCUAAAGGCGAAGGGUGUUUUCAACCCCCAGAGACUGUUCGGUGUCACCACCCUCGACAUUGUCCGUGCCGAGACCUUCGUUGCCGAAAUUGCUGGCAAGAAGACUGGCUCUGAACUGACCGUCCCCGUCGUUGGUGGACACUCUGGCGAGACCAUUGUCCCUCUCUUUAGCAAGGUUAGCCCUAGCGUGUCGAUCCCCGAUGACAAGUACGAUGCUCUCGUCAACCGUGUCCAGUUCGGCGGUGACGAGGUUGUCAAGGCCAAGGAUGGUGCUGGUUCCGCUACCUUGUCCAUGGCUUUCGCUGGAUACCGCUUCGCGGAGAAGGUAUUGAAGGCUAUUAACGGAGAGAAGGGCCUUGUCGAACCCAGCUUUGUCUACCUCAAGGGCAUCCCAGGUGGUGAAGAGAUUGCUCAGGCCACUGGCCUGGAGUUCUUCUCUGCGCCCGUUGAACUCGGACCCAACGGUGCCGAAAAGAUCAUCAACCCUCUUGCUGGCAUUACCGAGAAGGAGAAGUCUCUGGUAGACGUCGCCAUCCAAGGCCUGAAGACCAACAUCGAGAAGGGCAUCAGCUUCGCUCACAACCCCCCUCAAAAGUUGUAAGAAUGACGUAGUCGCCCUGAUUAGAGCCAGUUCAUGUCUCUCUACCGUGUCCGUGUCCAGCCAGGUCCGUUUAAGAAUAUUUGGAGGAAUCUCGGAAAUUAAUACCGGUAAAGGGGGUUCGCUUAGAGAGGUAUGCGCUGGGGGGGAACUGGAUAAGGUAGAAUUUUCUGUUGGCGGGAUGGGACGGAAGGGGUUUGAGGGGGAGGGGGGAAGGGGAAGGGGCAUAUUAGGUACGG